AUGUCGAGCCUGUCGAGCCUGUGGAACGUGUCGGGCGCGUCGAACGUAUCGAUAGCGUGGAACGUGUCGGGCGUGCGGUCGCGGUGCGUGCGUGAGGUGGCGGUGGCGGCCGUGCUGUUCCCCUGCCUGUACGGCGUGCUGCUGGCGGCCGGACUGCUGCUCAACGCCGUGGCGCUCUGGAUCUUCCUCGGCAUCCGCUCCUCCUCCACCUUCCUGGUGUACCUGAAGAACCUGCUGGCCGCGGACCUGCUGAUGGCGCUCACGCUGCCCUUCAAGCUGCUGUCGGACGCGGGCGCGGGCGGGUGGAGGCUGCGCGCAUUCUACUGUCGCUAUAGCGCCGUCCUCUUCUACGUCAGCAUGUACAUCUCCAUCCUGCUCCUGGGGCUCAUCAGCCUCGAUCGAUACCUGAAGGUGGUGCGUCCAUUCAAACACUGCCCUCUCCAGAAGGUUCCAGUGGGGCGUGGUCUCUGCGCUGUUGUCUGGGCAACAAUGCUGGCGCUGGCGCUGCCCAACAUGGUGCUUAGCAACCAGACGCCCAAUCAGGAGCCCCGGGGGAGACUCAAAUGCAGAGACAUGAAGAGCCCCACGGGCCUAUUGUGGCAUGAGGGCUUCAACUACUUCUGCCAGGUGCUGUUUUGGGGAACGCUGCUUCUCAUGGUUGUGUGCUACACGUUCAUCAGUAAGAGAGUGUACCAGUCGUACCGCACAUCUCAGAGCAGCUCCCGCGCAGCCAGCCAGAGAACUAAAGCAAAGGUGUUUGUGGUGGUGGGCGUGUUCUUCGUGUGCUUCGCUCCGUUCCACUUUGCGCGCGUGCCGUACACACUGAGCCAGACGCGGUGGGCAGAAGGCUCGUGCUGGACGCAGCAGCUGCUGUACGUGGUCAAGGAGAGCGCGCUGUGGCUGUGCACCACCAACGUGUGUGUGGACCCGCUCAUCUACGUCUUCCUGUGCCGAGUCUUCCGCCGCCGACUCACCGCCACGCUCCGCCGCAAGCCCCUCCCCCUUGCCCUCGCCUCGCCCAGUGACACCUCCACCAAUCAGCAGCCGCCGCCCUCCACCAAUCACCAGCCGCCGCCCUCCACCAAUCACCAGCCGCCGCCCUCCACCAAUCACCAGCCGCCGCCCUCUACCAAUCACCACCCGCCGCCCUCCACCAAUCACCACCCGCCGCCCUCCACCAAUCACCACCCGCCACCCUCUACCAAUCACCAGCCGCCGCCCUCCACCAAUCACCACCCGCCGCCCUCCACCAAUCAGCAGCAGCCGCCCUCCACCAAUCAGCAGCAGCCGCCCACUAGCGCCCUCAAGUGUCCAGCUGGAGCAGCAUCAACAGGAGGUCCAGCAUCAGCAUGCAGACUCUAA